UGUAGAUGGCAGCUAGAGCAGCUGUUUACUGCUUUCUGCAACAGCAAAUGUUUAUUACCAGAAGAUUACCUGAAAAUACCGAAUGUUUGUUUACUUUUUUUUCUUUUAAAAAUAAACGUCAAAUAAAAUGUCUGAAUAUUGGAAAUCAAUCCCCAAAAAGUUUUGUGAUGUUUGUAAAUGUUGGUUCACUGACAACAAAGCUAGUGUAGAGUUUCACGAAAGAGGCCUUCGCCACCAGAACAAUGUCAAGAAAAAGCUCGCAGAGCUCACAAAACGUAACCAAGUUCAAAAACAUGCAACAGACAAAUAUAAUGCUGAAAUAAUGAAGAUUGAGGCGGCUGCCAUGGGAGCCUUUGCUAAAGAUAUUGCAGCUGAUCCAACGAAAGCUCGAGAAUUAAGUACUUCAAAAAGCUUCGCCAGCACAUUAAAAGAGCAAAGAGACAAACCUAGCACAUCUUUAGGAGGAAGUAGAUUUGGUGGUGUUUCAAACUUAGGAUCCGAUGAAAGCGCUACAGUUCAGUGGGGAAAAGAGAAAGCUUUGGAUACAAUCACAACAAAAAUGGAAAAGAAAGCUCAAUGGUUAGAAUCUAAAACAGCAGAGGGAAAACCUUAUUAUUGGAAUCGGAAAACUUUAGAGACCAAAUGGGAACCUCCAAAAGCUGGAUAUCUCACAAUGGAAGAGCAACAAAAAUUAGGCAUCAAUCGUGAUAAUGUCCCUUUAAUCGGUGUACCAGGAUAUAAACACAAUCCUUACGGACAAUGGCAAACCGUAUCGGAGGAUAAAUCAAAUGUAAAAAAAUUACCUGACUUGCAAUUACCAAAAGGAUCAGGUCCAACAGUCGACGAUGCCAACAUAUUAGAGAUUCAUGUCGAUCCAGAUGAAGAAAAGUUUGAAUUCAAAGAAAAGACUGUCGAAACAAUAUCAAAUCCAGCUUCUGGUGCUGUUGCUUUCACAUUUAAAAAGAGAAAAUUUGCUGAAAAAGCUGUUAGAAACAUAAGAAAACGCGAAAAUGAUUAGGCUUUUCAGAUUAAUGCUUCUAUUUAAAAUUGCUUGUAAAUAAUAGUGAAAGUCUGCGAUAUAUUCUUUUAAUUCUUUUUUCCAUCGCCAAAUUUCUAAAGAAAAAUACUGGUUUAAUAAACGAUUUUGACUCCGAGUUCAUUGAAACUUUAGGAUACUGUAGAUCAUAUUGACUAAUCAUGAUUGGAUUCUAACAAUGAUACCAAACAUUACAACUUAACUGAAAAAUGAGCCUACACUGUUUCACAUUGUUGUUGGUGUAAUUAGUGAAUUAUUAAGGGAAAGUCAAAUUUUGAAGCAAAAAAUACUUCAUUAUUGAACAACAAUGAAGUCUUGUUUCCAGUGUAUUGUUGUGACUUGAAAUUGAUAUCUUAAUUUUACAUUUUGAUUUCAUUUGUUGUUUUGUGUUUAGUCUUUAAGGUUGUGUUUUCUUUUGUGAAUUUCAACUACUUUAAUUCAUCAAAUAUCUACAAUUAUACUUUCAACUCAACGGAACUUAUUGAAUAAUGGUUAAACGAAAAUCUCGAAGUCGAUCUCAUUCGCGUUCUCAUUCCCGUUCACCAGCAAGCAAGGAACGUGAAACUGAAGAUGUUGGCGUUCGUAAAUCAAAAAGACGAAGUCGAUCUCGAUCUCGACAUGAUGUUGUUGAAAUUAAAAUUAAACCAAAAGACUCGAGUCCUGGCUCUGAAAUGGAAUCAAAGACUUUGAGUUCUGACCAGGGAAGUUCAUCUACGGAUUCAAAGGAGGAAAAACCUACUGUUAAAAAAGGAAGAGUAGGUAAACGAGGACGACGACGAGGUAGAGGACGUGGAAAAAAGUGAUCAACUCACUAUUCUCAAGAAAAAUGAUUUAUAUGAAUUGAAAUUAUCUAAAAUCAAAUAAAUAAAAUUUAUUGUUCCAAUAA